CGUGCGUGCGUGGGCCUUCGAGAUGGGCGGCGGGAGGGUCGCCCCGCCCCCAUCGAUCUGUUGUCGCCCGCCCCGCGCUGCGGCCGCCGCCGCCGCCAGCCCAGUCGCCCGCCAGCCCGCCACCAUGAAUCGCCUUGGCCUCGCGCUCCUCCUGCUCCAAGGGAGUUUGUUUACGUCUUUGGCUACUAAUGUAACUACGACGCCAACACCUUCCCCGACCACGGAGAAGGACAAAAAUCAAACUGAAACAAGUGCUGAAAUUCCUCUAUACAAGGUUAACGCCAAAAGUGGUGAGGUAUGCAUAUUAAUGGAGUUGGAUGCCUAUGUCUCCAUCAAUUGGGCCGUGUCAUUGAACGAGACAAAGGAAAUGGAUAUGAUUUUACAAUCGAGUAAAGUAGAGGCAACAGGUUCCUGUUCUGAGGAGGAGGCACAAAUUAUUCUGACAUGGAAGUCUUUCCGUCUUCAGUGGACCUUCUCCAAGACCCGAGACUGGAAGAAAUGGUUCGUGAAGCAGGUUGAACUUCAGUAUGACAAAUCUGACUUGGACCAUCAGAAUAAUUCCACAUCAGGUGUGAUAACGGCGACGACCAAGAGCUCGAGCGAAGUGCUGCUGUUUUCGGCGCCCCUGGGCGAGGCGUACCACUGCGCCUCCGAGGAGGAGCUGGACCUGGGCGUCACGGGCUCCGACAGCGCCAUGCUGCGCCUGCGCCGCUUCCGCCUGCAGCCCUUCCUCGCCAAGCCUGAGUUCGGCCCCGGUUAUUGCCCCACUCACAUUUCUAGCUCAUCGUAUGAGAGCUCUACUCUCUCUUCUGAUUCGUCGGAAGCCGGAAUCACAAAAGCAGCGACCAAUCUUUCAUUGGCUACAUCUAUUCCUCCUCAUCCUUCAGAGCGUCCAAAUGUUUCUACCGACCAACCUCUCAGAACGACUUCAAGAAAUGGAUUCACUGGUUCCACUGCUUCCUCGGCCUCUAGCCUGAAUUCUCAUCCUCCAAGUUCCAGUGCAGUGCCAUUCAGUGGCUCUACAAAGGCUCCUGUGCUCUUAGAUCAGACCACACAUCAUGAAGAGUUACCCACAACAAAUCCAUCAGGAUUAAUGUCUACUACUGCUGCACCUGUAGCAUCAUUGCCGCCGUAUGUGUACCAAAAGUCAUUACCUAAUAUUGUCAAAAUGUCAUACUAUCCUCCGAAAAAAAUGUUUUUCUCCGGUAUCAAAUUAGAUAACAACGAUGCUCUCUCAGCCAUGCUUUGGUCAUGGUACACAAGUGGUUUUUACACAGGUUAUUAUCAAGCUCUACAACAAUCAAAAAAGUAUUAAAUAUAGCAACAAAGGCAUGUGUUUAUGUAAUGAAUGUUACUUUAAACUGCACCUGCACAGUCUCGUUUGACUUUCGAAUCAUCAUCGCAGAAUUCAGUAAUGUGGGAGCACUUUUGAAAAACAAGCACAAGUAUGAGAAUUAUAGAGAACUGUUAACACCAUUUUGUUUCUCUCUUAUUAUUCUAGUUGGCUUUUUAACCAAUGCCAUUUGAAAAUCUUGGCUGUAAAAAAGAAUUUAUGUAGAAAAAUGCAGAAAGAUUUUUACGUAUUUUUGAAAUCUUGCAACUGGCUAUAGAUAAAUAUUGUGAUUUUACAAAACAAAGUGCCGAUCUCUUGCAAUGCAAGUAUUAUUUUUUCUGAAUUGGUUGCAUUUUAAGACAGAGAAUAGCAGUUUGAAAGUCCACAUUAGUUUGAACAUUUCGUAUUGUAUACUGAGGUGAAGGUUACUUGUAAUGUCACUGAAAUUCAUUAAUUAAAUUUCCCCCCCUAAUUUGAUAAAUGUCUUAAGAAAGUGUUUAGAUUUUCAUUUGACUAAAAUAUUAUAUAGUUUCAUGUUCUUUUUUUUAUUCGAUUGAUAUUUGUGAAUUUUCCCCCACUAUCGUUUCCAAUAGAGACUAUUAAAUAAAUCGUGUCAAAAUAAUUAAACAAUGGACAUAAAUCACAAAAGAGUAAAGUUACGUAUUUAUGAACAUGAAUUGUGGUAUUUAUAAUGUAUUUUGUAAGUAGAUUCAGCAGCAAUAAAAUGUAUUUAUUGUAUAAUAAAAUACGAAAUUAU